CGGAAGAGCACGCGUGGUGUAGAUGCUGAAGAUCCGCUGAAUCAUGCGACCGCCUGUCACCACCCCACCACCCACCACCACCCCCGUCACCCGUCCACCCGACACGUCACGCGCCGACUACCCGGAUGGCCGAAUGCAAAUAGCAGCAUCGAUAGGCUCUCUUUGUUUGUCUUUUGACGACGGCCUGAGAUGUUUGCGCCAUCGACUGUUGCUUGUCUGUCACUUGUGAGCCGCGGGGCACUUGAAAGUGCGAAGCCAGUUUAGUCCGCGACGAGCUAUUCUGGGAGCAGCGCGCGCGUCUUCAAGACGAGGCUAAACCAGGAAUGGAUGAUGAUUGCUUGCUACAAAUGCAAGAUAGUAGUAGUACUGUUACCAAAUCGGCAGUGACAGUCAAGACAAAUGUACAAGUCAUCAGUGAUGUUUGCCAGUCCUUGGCAAAUGACAAGUGCUUGACACCAGAGGACAGAGCAUUUUUUAAUCAAGGUUACAAGGGUGAACUUCUUGAAAAAGUGAAGUUUCUGGAUGACUGCCUUGUGCCAUGCAAGAUGUUUGUACGUGCUGCAAGAGAAAAGGCAUGGAGUCUAUAUCAUGCAGCCUACAUAAAAAAUAUGAGCUCUGUGGUGGAAUGCACAAAAUCGACAUCUGCUGCUGCAUGGCUUUGCCUUAAAACAUUUGAAAAGUUAAUUGCUCUGAAUUAUCCAGUGCAAGCAGAGCAAAAUCAGGCAUGCCAGUCAUCAGCAUUCCAUGAUAAACUGAAAGACAUUAUAGCUUAUAUAGGAGGCAGCAUUGUAGCGAAAAUAAAAAGAUUAUGCAAAGGGGAAGAGCAACAAUGUUUGGAUGCCCUGUGCACCAAACAUGAUACAACCAUGCUGACAGCCACUUUAGACAGGGGAGGGCUCAUUUAUUUAAAUGAAAAGGCUAAGGAAUUAUUUUAUGCUCUAGAACAUAGGUUUGUACAAACAUGUAGAAGUACUCCCUCAAGCUGUAGAAGUGUAGAUUUUGCAAUAGCCUGUGUAGAUGACGAAGAGCUGUUACAUAAUUUUUAUUCAAUUUCUUACAAAUCGGAUAUUAGUGAGACUGCUAAACAAAGGGUGUUUUGCAUGGUUGCUCGUCUGUAUUUUCAAAUAAGAAUUCACCAUGAGUGUCAUAAGUUCAUGGAGAGGCACCAGCAGCAGCAACAUGCGUCUAAGUCAAAACAGCGCCUAAGGAAAAGUUUACAAGAUGCUACCAAUGCUUAGGAUAAUUAUUUGCUCUGACAUCAGAGAACCUUUGCAGUAAAACAGUAUUGGGAAGAACAAAAAAGCUCUAGAUGUAUAUCAGCAAGUAGGUUCAAAAAUCAUAAACUGUUGUAGACAGAAAGUAAGAUCUAUUUAUCAAAGUAACAAUAAAAUAACAAUAUCUAUGCAAUUAGUGUUGUGGCCCUUUGCUCUUAAAGGAGUAACAAGGACUAAACUAAAGUAUUAUGUGAUGCAUACACUGAAACACUUCAAAUUGAAUAUUUUGUAUAUUAUGCAUCUGGAAAGCCAAAGGCAUAUGAAGGACUGUUUUUUGCUGAUUUUAGUUCUGUGUUCAAUACAGUACAACCAUACUAAAACAUGUUCAAGCACAAGAAUAUUUUACGGAGUUCAAGUGUUAUGCUAUACCUGUAUGCAGAAAUAAUAGGAACAUGAUCUUAUCUUAGAUAGGACAAGUGAAAAGUUGGUUGGAUUUUUGUUUUGUUACAAUGCAUCUCUUGCCUUAUCCGUAGCUUGUAGGCAGCACUUGUUGGAAUUUUUUGUCCCCAUAACUGAGCACACUUUGCAAAUAAUUGCCCAUUGGAAUUGAUAAUGUUAGUCAUUUUUCAUUUGACAGUUUCAGAAUAAUGAAGUGUAUUUAUAGAGUGCAAUAUCCUACCCUUAUAAGCCAGCUAAUGGCAUGUUCCAAAUGCAGUCAUAAUAAAUAUAACAAUAUUAUUAAUCAUGAUAUGGAGAAAUGUAGAAGCCAAUCAAGAUUACAGCAAUUAGGAGGAGUUUGCUAAAUACCUUCAAAGCUGGAAAAAUUUGAAUUUGGCAAUUUAUGAUUUCAUGUUUCUUGCACAAUAUGGCAUAAAGGACUCCGUAAGUUCUUUACCAAAAAUACUGUAAUAAACAAAGAAAACUUGAAUUUAAACACUUUUUAACACAGUUGUUAUGAGCAUGACUUGUGAAAUAAUAAAAGUUAUUUUGACAUCUG